GUGUGUGUGUGUGUGUGUGUGUGUGUGUGUGUGUGAGCCGUCGUCGUGGGUAACAGCAGUAAGAAUGUGUGACAUCACAGGUCAGAGUGAUAUAAAAGGCGUUUGCCGGUCGUCUGCACGUAGAUCACGACCCGUCCUGACAGCGAGACAGGACAGACACAGACGACUCUGACCCGAUAAGUUUUUAUUGAACGAAACGUUUCAGUGACCGACGACCGGCAGAACCUUCCAGAACCUGUCGAGAUAUUUUCUUCAAUUUGGAUUUUUGUCUUAAAGUUGGAUUCUUGUUGGAUUUGUUCUCGUCGCCUGUCGAUAUGGCUGCCUCAUCUUUUUUCCUUCCUCUCCUCCUCCUCUUCAUCGCCGUCGCCGUGGAGUCGAGACCUUCACCUCAACGAGACGAUGCACAGGUCUUACACUCUCUGUUCGGAUCUCGUCUGUCCUCUCUCAUCCUGGCCCCACCCACUUCUGAUGACAUCACAGAGGGCUCAGCUGGACGCCCCCACACCUCCUCCUCCUCGCCUCCUUCCAGGGGAUUGGCUGUGAUGAGUCGUGGGGCUGCGAGGGCAUUGGCCAGCAGGCGGCGGCAGGAGGCGGCGGUCCCACGGUUCUUCCUUGACUUCCUGCAGCGGCAGUCCAAAAUGAGGAGGCGGAGCAGGAAGUCGAUGGUUGGAGGGAGGGGAUGCUUUGGGAUGAAGAUGGACCGCAUCGGCUCCGUCAGCGGCCUGGGCUGUUAGAGACGCAGUUACCAUGGUGACGUUACCACAGCAACCUUGACUUUGUUUAAACUUUGUGAAGUCACGACAGGUGACCCUGAGCUGACCCUGCAUGACCUCUGACCUCUGUCUGGCAGUCAGAGACUCCAUGUUGGAACUUUACUAACGAAGGACUAAUUGAAAGGAAACACCUGACACAGGUUGACAGCAGAGAGUCCCUCUGGAACAAUGCUAAUGACCUCUGACCCCUGGCUACAACACAGCCAGCAGUAAAGUGUGUGUGUGGAAAGGAAAGAGUGUGUGUGUGUGUGUGUGUGUGUGUGGACAAA